GAUCGACGGACAAAAGUUUCGGACGGGCGAGAAUCGCAGUCAGUUGGGGAAGAAGCUUCAUGUGAAUGUAUUGCUAGCUGCUAUAAAUGACGUAAUGUUUUUGUGUUCGCACUAGUAGCAGCAGCAGCAGCAGAAGUUAGUGUGCAAAAAGGGUGGAAAGAAAGGAAAAAUUUACCAGGAGAUUUUCCCUGUGCACUGGGAUUGGAAUUUCUGUUCGGUCGGGAGUGUUUUGCAGUCCGAAAAUUGCCAGAAAAUAGUGUUCCAAAUUGUGCCCCAUUGGAAGUGGCUAGUAUAUUGUGAGUUGGAAAAGAGCAGUGAGCUGAGUGCAUUGUGAGGAAUAAGUGAAAUAAAAGGAAGGUUGGUCUGCUACUGGCUGGAAGACCCCGACCAGAGCAACUGUGCCGAGCCAGUUGGGAAAGGAAUGAAGAAAUUUGAAAAAGAAAAUGGUUGAUAAUUUUGAGUGCGCUGGUUAUACUUUUUACUCCAAGUUCGAUUCGGGAAAUCUCGGCAGAGUUGAGCUGGUUCGAUGCUGUGAAGGACUGAAUAUAAUUGGUAGCAAUGUUAGCAGCAGCGUUGCAAGUGGCAGUCUAUCGCUAUCUACACCAUGCACCGUUCCCGGUGGGUCGCUAUCUCCGGGGGCUACCACCCUGCUGCAGGGUCCGCCUCCACCGCCUCCGACCUCCGUCCUGAUGUUGAGCAAUGCCGCCGUCGCCGGAGGGGGCAGCUCACCUUCCGCGGUGCUAUCAUCAGUUGCUACUACUGUCCAACAGCCGUUGUCUCCACAGUCUGGCCCGGUAGGCACUGCAACAACGGCUGGUGGCGUCUCCCCGGAGUUGCACCACCAGUUGCUUUCCCACCAGCCACACCACCACUCGGCAACGUUCGUCGAGGUGGAGUUCAAUCUUUGGACGCGACCCGAUUGUGCCGGAACGCCCUACGAAAAUCAGAACAGAACAUGGUUCUAUUUCGCCGUGACGGGCGGACGGCCGAAUCAGAUUGUCAAGUUUAAUGUGAUGAAUUUGAACAAACAGGCAAAACUGUUCAGCCAAGGUAUGCAUCCUGUAAUGAAAGUCGGCCCGGGAGGCCGAUGGGAACGGAUCAAGGAUAAACCGUCGUACUCGAUCGCCAACGACGUGUUCUUCAUAUCAUUUCUCCACCGAGCACCGGAAUCAUCCGACACCAAAACAUACUACGCAUUCACAUUUCCCUUCACCUACAACGAGCUGCUGGAACAGUUGGGCAACUUUGACAAACGCUUCGGCCGACAUCCGUUCGAGAUGAAUCAGAUAGCGUACGAAAUAACGCAACGAUAUGAUUCGUCCGUUCCCGUUGGUCCAGUGGAGAUCGCCCUACCGGUUAGCCACCACAGCCAGGCGCAUCACAGCAGCAAAAAGGGGAAGCUCGUCAAGGUGGCCAAGGUCGAACGGUCCAGCCCGGAAUCGUUUGACGAUACGGCUCGUGAUGGAAUCGGUAACGACGAAGGAAUCGUGCCCAAGGUUAGCGAUCCCGGCGGAAGGCUUCUGGAAGAAUGUGACGUACCGUCGGCCAUGUCGAUCGACGAUAACAACACAUCCGAAUCGAUGCAACAAAUAACGAACCUUGUGAAAAAGGUGAAAAUCGAGUUACCGCCGCAGAUUGAUCUCGGCAAGUGUAAGUUACCAAUAUUCCAGCAGCUGCUGAGCACUCCCACUCUGGAAGACGAUGCGAAAGCUACCAAUCUGGACCCCCGGGACGAUAUCUACUACUAUCGCGAACUGCUGACGAAUUCGGUGGAGAAUAGACGGAUCGAACUGCUGACGAUCACUUCGUUCCACGGAAUCCAGACCACCCGGGAGGAACGGCUGCGCAAUCUGUUUCCCGACGAAAAGACACCGCGGUGCCAUACGUUUAAGCAUAAGAAGGUAGUUUUCAUCUCUUCGCGUGUUCAUCCGGGUGAGACGCCAGCCAGUUUCGUGCUGAACGGAUUUUUCAGUAUGCUGCUCGAUCGCAAGAGCAUCGUGUCUAUUACGCUUAGGAGAAUGUAUGUGUUCAAAAUUAUCCCGUUUUUAAAUCCGGACGGAGUGUACAACGGCUUGUAUAGAUCGGACACCCGUGGCCACAAUCUAAAUCGAGUCUAUCUGACUCCAAACGUUGAAACACAACCCGCCAUCUACGCUGCUAGGAAACUUAUUAGGUAUUACCAUCUAGGAGUGGACGAAGCAGAACCAUACGAGCUGGAAAGCGAGAAGAAAGCUGCCAUGGUCAAAAGUCCCGACACGAGUAGCGAGGAAAUUGUGAAUAUUUCUCCUCUAGAGGACAAAUCUUCAUCUGUGCUCACGGAAACCAACGCCCCAAGUAAGGAGUGUCCACCGAUAAAGAAAGAUUCCGAAUCAAAUGAAGAAAACAAUGCUUCGACGUCGGAUUCCGGUUUUGGCGAGCAAACUGUUUCCAAAAGCAGUACCAUUUCGUCAUCCUCUUCCACGGUCACUCUGGUCGGGACUGAGAUCUCAACGCCAUCCGUUCCCGCGACAACGACCAGCGACAGUUCCAGCACUGCUGAUUCUUCAACCGCUAUCAUCGCCACCAACCCAACGGUCGAUGCCAUUCCAUCGAGUGAAAUCGGCUCGAUCGCAACCACCGAAGAGGUGCUUCCACCGCCGAAAGUGUUCACCGAGCAACUGAUUCCGGAUUUACUCCCCGUGGUCACCGAGAGUGGCCUGACGCUGCGGCCUAUUCGUAGCACGUCGAAUCUCAGCACUGCCAGCAGUAUGGCCAACAGCACCACUACCAAUGCGAGCACAAUCGCGCACAUCAACACGAAGAAGCCACCGCUGGUAACGGCCAAGGUAGACACCGGACGGAAGACGGCGGGGUCCUCCACUUCCUCCUCCUUCAAGAAUGUGAUAAACAAGCCCCAUUUGAUAGCGACUACCCCGAAUAUGCUCAAAUUAAAGGACUUUGGAGUCAGUCAAUCCCAGCAACAAUCACCACAACUACAGCAGCAACAGCAGACACAAUCUUCGAUGGGAAAAAUGGCGCCAGGCUCCUUGGGAGUCAAGAAGGCUAACCCACUCCACCACAAGCGAGGCGAAGGUAAAAUACGACCGCAAACACCACAAAUGUUUAGCCAUUUUAGGUCCCAUCGGAACGAGUAUCUCAACCCGGCUAGUCAGAAGAACCUCAACAUUAGUCUGGACUAUUUGGCACAGUUGGACGAGAAGAACGACAAGGUGAUCUACGAGGAGAAAAGCAAUAUGUUCCUAUACAUCGAUCUACAUGGGCAUGCCUCGAAGAAGGGCGUCUUCAUGUACGGGAACCAUCUGCCCAGCACGAUCGAAGCCGUCGAGUGCAUGCUUCUGCCUCGGCUCAUGAGCAUGAAUUCACAGCAUUUCCACUAUGAUGCAUGCAACUUUAGCGAAAGGAAUAUGUAUUACAAGGGAAAACGAGACGGUCUAUCGAAGGAAGGUUCUGGCCGUGUGGCCAUCUACAAAUGUACAGGAUUGAUCAAAAGCUACACCCUGGAGUGCAACUACAAUACCGGCAAGAGCGUCAACAUUCUGCCUCCGAGAGGAAAAGAACCCGUCACUGCCAAAGUUCAAUCGCCGGUACCGCCCAAGUACACACCCGCCGUGUUUGAAGAGGUUGGACGAGCCCUAGGUCCUUCGAUACUGGAUCUAACCAACUCGAAUCCGCAGUCGCGGGUGCACAACUCCGAGUUCCGCACGCUGCAGGGACUGCGCAAUACGCUGCGCAUCGAAAUCGAACGCGGCUCGUCCAAGGCUCGUGUAACCAAUAAGGUCCCGAAGCCACAUUCCAAGCGACUCAGCAACCAAUCGUCCAGCUCGUUGGAGAUCGCCAAGGAGAACGCUCUCCAGUGGGAAAACAUGGGAGUUCCACCGAGUGGGUCGAUUGCCGGAGCUGGCGGUGCUGGCAGUCCACCCGGUGCUGGCGGGGCAGGUGGGAACGGCAAUGGAAACGGGAAAGGUAACGGCGAAUCACUCGGUGCAAACGCAUCCGGAUGCUGUUCGGCAACAUCCAGCAGUGGAAGGCAGUAUCUGAAGGGUGGCACGUUGAAGGGACACUCGGGAAAGAUUUCCCGGAAGGCUGUGAGUGCUGUCGGGAAAGGAUUCGGCAAGAAGGAUGUCGUCAAGAAGAGUAAGAUCCUCUGCGAAUCUGGUGUUGUUGGCCCUGUCGUGGCCAGUGGGAAGAAGCUGCAGGAGCUUAUUCGAAACAAAGAUCAGCAUCAAGUGCCUCGCAAAAAGAUCAAAGUCUCCCCACCACAUCAGCAUGGCAGUGCAGUGGAUGGGUUCGACCUGUGUUUCAAAAACAAUCUUACAGCUUCUUCGCUUCCGAAUUUCCUAGCGGCACCACCCUCGCUGGGGGACCUUCCACUUUCCAAAAAGGUAAAAUCCGAAUCGAAACUGCUGGAAGAAUGCCUGGACUGCGACGAUAGCCUCGAUGCGAUACCAUGCUGUUCAUACACACUGCCCGCGACAACUUCCGGCGGUACAGUAGCGCUCACGAAGCUAAUCUCGACCUACAGUCAAGCAGCGGUGGUUGGGUCACCUGGUGUGGCUUCCGGUGAGGGAGUACCACCCAUCUCCAGCGGCACCAUCCCUGGGGCUUGCGCUUUGAGCCCCGGCGGUGGUUCUUCCUCGGGAGGAGAGAAGGACGCAGGUAAGGCGAGCAAGAUAAGUAAAUUUAGCAAAGCCACUUCGGCCAAACAGCAAUCCAAACUGGGCAAAUCUUCCAAAUCGAACGACGGCGGAAAGCUGCUGAAGAAGAAGCGCUCGCUCAAGACUGAUUCGAAUCUGAAGCGAAAAAAAACCCGGCUAAAACCGGUACUUACCUAGAGAAGCGAAGACUAAGGCUUGUGCUGUGAGCGAACCGAAGUAGGGGUAGAGGAAAUUGUGAUUUAGAAAGGAUGUAUGCUUUCGUUUUUUUUUUUUUUAUUGAAUUUUUAUUUAUAUGCUUACCGACUUUUGCAACUUUUGUUUUUGUUAAACUGGAAAAAAAUCUACCUUGUAUUGUGGGAUGAGAAUUAGAAACAUGAAGUGUAUGAAAUCACCGGGAAUCUUCAGAUGGAUUCGAAACUAACAUUAAAGAAAUCCCUUCUUUAUGGGAGUAGCCUUUGACUGCCAUUUUUUUAACUUUUCGUAAGUUUUCUGAUCACGGUAAAUCUUUCAUUUUUGCCAUACAAACUUUUUCAACUCGGAAAUAGCUUAGAAGCAUACCCUUUUCACUUAGACUGUACCAUCUAAAUUUUACAACAUUGUUCGUUUGCGUCCGAAAACGAACGGAUUGUUUGACAAACAAAAGUUCCUUAACGAAUACCGUCGUUUCUAUUCAAAAUUGCGUUCUUACUCACCAACUGAAUAUUUAUUUACACAUUUUGAUUCUUUAUUUAUUUAUAACUUUCAUUCUUAGGUAACACACCCUACAAAUUUGAAAAACAAAAUCUCAAAAAUUGCACACCAUAAAUUUCAACACUCUGUAAUCAAUCUCUUAAAUAGAUGUUUAGCCAACCGAAUGGAAAUUGUUGUUUAUAACCAGAAAAUAAAAACCAACACACUAAAAGGUGAAUGAUAAAAUUUAAUACUACCUUUAUUGGUAAUGACAUAGGGACUAACUAACUAGGAACCGAUUAAGAAAAUAAACAUCUAUUUGUUAGUCUACGAUGUAGAGCUUUGCGUAUUUUUCUCCUAUAGCGAGAAAGUUAAUCAUUACAUAACACAUUACACAUACAAGCAAAUUCACACGCGUAGGCAAAAACACCCACACCUGAAAACAAGGUAUAAUUGUGAUUAGAGUU